UGCCAUCAUAAAGUACGAAGAGACUCCCACCAGUAUUACCACUCAUGGUUUCAGACAGGCAAGGUCCAGCAGUGCACCCUGACAAUCCUCGUCGUUGCUCAUCGUUCAGAGGCAAAUAAUGAGCAGGAAGGGUUUGUUGGAGCGCCUCCGAGAAGGGGUGGUGGUGGGUGACGGAGGGGUGAUAUUCGCACUGGAGAGACGAGGAUACGUGGACGCUGGAAAGUGGACCCCAGAAGUGGUGGUGGAGCAUCCUGAGGCUGUUAAACAGUUGCAACGGGAAUUCCUGAGAGCAGGCAGUGACGUGAUACAAACAUUUACGUACAACGGCACCCAGGAUAAACUGACAAGAGCAUUAGGAAAGAAUGCAAUCUCGUGCCAACAGAUUGCCGACGCAGCUUGUCGUAUAGCAGAAGAGGUGGCCAAAGAGGGAGACGCCCUGAUAGCGGGAAGCAUCACUAAGUGUGCCUCUUACAAAGAUGGAAAGGGCAAGGCCGCUGUUCAGGCGCAGAUAAGGAGUCAACUUGAGUUGUUUAUCAAGAAUAAGGUUGACUUCCUCAUCGCUGAGUUCUGUUGCAGCUGUUUUUUUCACGUGGAGGAGAUGGAAUGGGCCAUCGAGGAGGCUCUCAAGACAGGGUUGGAGGUGGCCGCCACAAUGGGUAUAGGUGAAAAAGGUGACCUUAAUGAUGUCUCUGCAGGGGAGUGUGCUGUAAGAAUGGCUAAAGCAGGAGCUAAAGUAGUGGGUGUAAACUGCAUGUUCGAUCCUGAUGAGACGGUGAAGACCAUCAAGGCCAUGAAGACUGCACUGGACGACGCUGGCCUCUCCCCUUUCCUCAUGACUCAACCCAAUGGUUUCUUCUGCCCGGGGGCCGGCAAGUAUGGUUAUCUCUCCUGCCCGGAGUUCCCGUACGCCAUGGAGCCCCGCUUGGUGACCAGGUUUGACGUCCACCGCUACGCCCGCGCCGUCUAUGAUCUUGGGGUUCGCUACAUUGGGGGUUGCUGUGGCUUCGAGCCAUACCACAUCCGUGCCAUCGCCGAGGAAAUGGCUGAGGAACGAGGCAAGAUGCCGCCAGCCAGCGACAAACACAAACCAUGGGGGAAAUGUCUGGAGACAAGCUACAAUGAAUUUCUUAGGAAAAGAGUUGGACGAGAUUACUGGGAGGGCCUCAUUCCAAGCUCCGGUCGUCUACAGCCUCCUUCCCAUGUGUACGACCUAAGCCCGGAGAACGACCUGUAGUGAAAGUUGCUUGAAUGACUCUGGGCUUUGCGCUGAUGAAGGAGAACAAUACAUUUCCCAGCAUGAUUCAUUGGUCAGAGCCAUAUAGCUUGGCCAACGCGGAAUACACUGGUAAAUCUGCACAGUGGAAGUUUCGCUUCCUGCAGAGUUCUCUUCAUUUUAGGGAUACCAUGUUUUAUGAGACUUUAUCUUCCCGUUAUGCCUUAC